AGGUGAUGCGGCACAACAGGAAGCGAAACACAGAGAAGCAGAAAUGAGAAACAGCAUCUUAGCCCAAGUUCUGGAUCAGUCAGCCCGGGCCCGGUUAAGUAAUUUAGCACUUGUAAAGCCGGAAAAAACUAAAGGAGUAGAGAAUUACCUUAUACAGAUGGCAAGAUACGGACAACUAAAUGGAAAGGUAACAGAACAAGGUUUAAUAGAGAUCCUUGAAAAAGUAAGCCAACAAACAGAAAAGAAAACUACAGUUAAAUUCAACAGGAGAAAAGUAAUGGACUCUGAUGAAGAUGAUGACGAUUAUUGAACUUAAGAUGCUUAGACACUGGAACUUAAUGGACAAUUCCAGACAAUAAUACUUGGCAGUUAAGAUCUGAUUGAAUGUUUACUUUGUUUAUUGUUUAUAUACCUUUAGAAAAAUAAACUUGUUAUGUAAAAUAAAA